GAGAGAGAGAGAGAGACAGAGAGAGAGGGAGGGUGUGUGGCUCGCGCUGUGACGUCAGCACUCCUCACACAGUGGAACGGUCCGCGCGCCUCCCGCAGCCCGGUCAGGCACCGCCGCACGCGCUCGCAUCACGUCCCGCACCAAGUCUUGUUUCCACCGCAGCUUUUUAGUCCUGCGGGUUUUUUACUGGACAGUUCGUCUUCAUGUAGCCUGCAGAGGACCCUGCCGUCUCCCUGCCGUCUCUCUGCCGUCUGUCUGCCGUCUCUCUGCCGUCUCCCUGCCGUCUCUCUGCCGUCUGUCUGCCGUCUCUCCGUCUCCUCCUGCUGCUGCCGGCUGUGUUUCUCCUCUCGGUUGAUUUGGACCUCAGGCUGCCGCUGCCAGGAGGCGUCAUGGAGAAAAUGUCCCGACAUCCCGUCCAGCUGAACCCGAACUUUCUGCCUCCGGCCACACACGGAGUCCUCAAGUCUCUGCUGGAGAACCCGAUGAAGCUGCCGCUGCAGCAUGAAGCUUUCAGCAAGGAGCAGAAGGAGAAGACCCUGGAUGAGGAGCGCAGCGCCCCCCAGUCGGCCUUCCUGGGCCCCACGCUGUGGGACAAGACGCUGCCCUACGACGGAGACACCUUCCAGCUGGAGUACAUGGACCUGGAAGAGUUCCUGUCUGAGAACGGUAUCCCCUCCAGCCCCUCCCACCACCACCACCACCACAGCCAGCACCAACCGCACGCUCCGCCAUGCCAACCGCCAAUCAUGCCUCAAGCCCCGCCCACGCCCGCAUCCACCGUGAUGGACCUCAGUAACCACGCCUCCACCUCCAUACGCACGAGCGUCGUCUCUCCGAACUGCCUGCACAGCAGCCCGGCGAGAGCAGGCCUCCCAAACUCCAGGAACACUCCCAGUCCCAUCGAUCCAGACUCCAUCCAGGUCCCUGUCGGAUACGAGCCCGACCCGGCCGACCUGGCUCUGUCCAGCGUGCCGGGUCAGGAGAUGUUCGACCCGCGCAAAUGCAAGUUCUCGGCCGAGGAGCUGAAACCACAGCCCAUGAUCAAGAAAGCUCGGAAGGUCUUCAUCCCAGAGGACCUGAAGCAGGAUGACAAAUACUGGGCCAGGCGCAGGAAGAACAACUUGGCGGCCAAGCGGUCCCGGGACGCGAGGCGGCUCAAGGAGAACCAGAUCGCCAUCCGAGCCGGCUUCCUGGAGAAGGAGAACUCGGCUCUGAGGCAGGAGGUGGCCGACCUGAGGAAAGAGCUGGGACGCACCAAGAACAUCCUGGCCAAGUACGAGGCACAGCACGGGCCGCUGUGAACACACACACACACACACACACACACUCAUUCAUUCAUACAUAUAUACAUACACACACACUCUGAGAAUGAUGACCCGCCUCCUCCUCGUCCACCAGCGACCCUCCUCUCACACUGAAGACUCGACAGGCAGCCGGUGAAGAGCUCAGAUGCAAAAACACACUUUUAAAUAAGUUUUCAUAGAACACAGAGAAGAGCUGAAGGAUCAGUCUGCUCUUAUUCUGUAGUUUUCUCUUUGUCAACAAAUCUCAUUUAAACUAAUGACGUGUGAGUCCGUCUCGUAAUGCCGUCCAACAUCCUGUUUGUGUCUCUCAGCUCAGGACCAUUGGUUCCUACAUAAACAUACAAUGUGUAAAUUAAAACAAAGACAUCUGCGAAGAAGCUGAAGCUGAACUGAACUCCUGUUUUCUGGAGUUUAUGCACUAAAACAAGCUGAGGACACAGCUGCCUCCAUGGGCCCAGAUGAGCUCAUGUUUAAAGGUUGUAUUCACUUUGGAUUGAGUCGACCACAGGAAACUGGUGGAUUUCUCUGGUUUGAAAAUUGUUGGAAACAUUUGGGACGAUGUAAGAACACAACUCAUCAACAUGUACAACAGACGUGGAGUCGGUUUGACACAUUUUAUAGCAGAUUUCUGAGAUAUUUAACUUUUAAGAUGCCACAAAGCUGUAGUUUUAUGUUUAAAAGAGGUCUAAAAACUAAAGAAAGGCUGAAAUACAAGAAAUGAACUUGAAUUUGAGGAGAAACAGACUCAGUACAAGUUAGAUUAUCUGUCCAUGUGACAAAAAUGUUUUGUUGUCUUAAUAUUAGCACAAAGACACAAUGAAGACCUCAGAACCAAAGGUUUGUGAGCUUCAUGAUCAGUUUAAGAAUCUAUCAACAACUCAUCAUUAGACUCAUAUUUCCAAAUCUGAGAUCAGAACUCAGCUGCUCACUCAGGAAAUUUGUUGGGGACUGUUUUCAGCGGCGGAUUGAUCCUCUCCUGGUGUCUGGUGAGUGUUUGUGGCGGAGGAACAUGAUCAGACGCUCAGUCGAGACUUCGCUGUUUGUUUGAGGUUUGUUGACAAUAAUCAAAAUGUCGACCGUGAUCAGAUUUAAAGUGAAAGUGCAGAUCGAGUUCAGGCAGCAGGUUGUUUCCUCCGACCGAGCCGGGAGCCUCGCCAACCACGCCUGUUAUAUUCAUCUGUUGCCAUGACAACAGCCACCCAGCACACACACACACACACACUCUGUGACUCACCCCACAAACACUGAACUGCCGCCCCUUCACCCCACCUGACGUCUGACCCCGUGCAGGUGUGCCCCCCCACAAUGCACCUGUUCAUGUACAUACCUGCCUUCGUCCUGCUCCUGAUGACUCUGUAUCUGAAUGUGUGCCGCCUCCUGCCGCUCUCCCAUUGGUCGGUCAGCGUGGCGCUUCAGGGCUGGUCGAAGGCUUUUUGGGACCCUGACAGUAGUUGAUGGAUAUUUAAUGAAAGCGCUGAGCGAGCAGUUUGAAGAUGCAUGACGUGCCCCCAAAAUGCCACAAAUCUUUUCUAGCAGCUGCUGAAAUGUAUUAUUUUUUUAUACACCCAAAAUCUGUUAACAGCCCCCGAAAUGUAUUAUCAUGACGUGUAAUGCAGCAGCGUCAGGGAGCUUCAGUCGAGACCAGAGCAGUUCUCAGUUCGUUUGUGGGCUCAGCAACAAAUGUGAUGUUCGACUGUGUCGACCUGAUUAUGUCUCACGUUUGUGUCUCUGUGUUUGAGAUGAGCUGAAUCUUCAAUCUCAACACUUUCCUCAUGUUACAGUCCUGAAUCUGCUGCGGCCUCUGAUGGGAAAACGCAGACAGACGCUGUAGAAAUCUCCACACUGCCGCUCGUGCUCGCUGCCCGAGGAGCUUCGAAAGCUGUUAAAGUUUCAUUAAUGUUGAGAUAUAACACUCAGAACAGUGUCGGAGCAAAGAGUAAAAUCCACUGAACGUCCAGAUGAACUCUGUGUUUCGGCAUUUCAGAUAAAACAUCACAAAUCAUUUGAGAUGAGAUGAUAUUGAUAUCAACAGCUGUGUCAGGAUAAUAAUAAUAAUAAUAACUUGUGUCCAGAUCACAUCUCAUUCAUUCAAUAAGAUAUUAAAGUGUGUGCAAACAGUUAAGUUUUGUAUCUUGAGUAAACAAGAGAAUUCUUUGCGUGAACGAGCUUGUAGGAGCAGUGAACACGAUCAUUUCUCUAGUGAGAUUCAAACUUAAGAUCACAUGUAGCCUGAACCAGAUAACAACGUGUGUGUAGAACACUUUAAUAUGCCGACUGGAUAUGAGAUCAUUUGUACACACAAGAUCAUUUCGUGCGUAAUAAUUUGUAUAUUUUCAACAUAAUACUCGGUGUGAACGUGACGAUAACUUGUGAACAAGAUGAUUUGCAGGUUCAGGAUAUUUUAUCCAAACAGAAUCAUUUCUGCACGAGACGAUUGAGAUCAACAAGAUAAUAACUUGUGUACCAUCACGUGCAUCAAACAGGAUGUGAAGAUAUUUAUCAUGCACACGAGAGCUUGUUGAAUCAUUUCUGCGUGCGUAAUGAAACCAGAUGAAAACUGAACCUACAGAUGAUGUUCUGCGUGAUGCUGCAGGAAACAUGCAGGAUAUCGUAUGAGAACAAGAUCAUUUCUGGUUCAGAGCUGUUUGGUGCAAACAAGAUUAUAAAUUGUGCGCGCAAGAUAGAGUUUUAUGUGAGGAAGAUAAUAACUUAAUUUGCAAAUCACUAUCAUGUUUCAAUACACGUAGUGAAUCUCGUUUGAAAACGAUAAGUUGUGUGGACACGAACAAAAUAUCUCAUGCAGGAUGAUUUUCUGGAUACUGAACUCACCAAAACCUGAGUCAUCCUGGAAUAAAGCACUUGAGCCGUUAGCUCUCUUUUAGCUUUGUAAGAUGUCAGAAUGGAUCUGGCAACAUAUUUCACUCUAACUCUUGAAAGGUUUUGUGGCAGGAUGAACAGAUGAUGAGGAGGCAUGUGGAGGGUUUCUGCAGCGACAAGCCGGUUGGCACAAACUGAUCUGUGACCUGUCAGGUGGAGUCACAGCUCACGUUAUACAACCUGGUGUCCAUACGGCAGCAUGGAGGUGUUACACAGACAUAACAUCACCUGUUCUUCUGAAAUCAUAUUUACUUUAUGCUUUAUUGUGUGUUGUGUGGAGGAAGAAACGUCAGUGAAAGUUGAUUAACAUCCAGCUCUCUGGCUGCAGUUUUUAACAGCCUGCUUCUUUUUUCAGAAGGUUUUUAUUUCCUUCUUUUGUCAAAAAAAAAAAACCACCAGUGUGAUUUUUCCUUUAACAAACAGACACUUGUUGCCGUCUCCUGUUUCCUCAAACGGUUCCAGAGUUAAUCCAGCGCCGGCUCCUGUCGUGAAUGUUUUUAUAAGCUCAGAAGGUUGAAAUGUUCCUCAGACUCCACAGAAGAGUUUAAAGAUUCACCUCUCUUCACUGUAGGAAACAGACUCCAGUGCAGUAGAAGGUCCCUGAAGGCUUUGGCAGAAGUCUUUGUCUCUGUUGUCGUGUGUAGCCGAGUGAGACAUGAAUGUAUAUUUGAUCCUGCGUUGGGUGAGUGGUGUCGUCCGAUGCUGUGGAAUCACUUUAGUACUCUUUACUACAGACCAAAAGAAAACAGUAUAUAAAGGAUAUAUUGAUAUAUUAAAGGCUUUAAUGUUUCUACAGAGAUAUUCUUCUUGUUUUUUUGUACAGUCUGUUUUCCUACAUAGAUAUUUCCUGUGUAUUUUGGAAAGGGUUACAUGAAUAUGAGCAGUAUAUAACACAUGCAGAUAUAUUCAGAGAUAUUACCAAAACUGCGAGCCCCAGCUGUGCGGGCGAUGCAUGGGCAUUACAGAAUCCUCCCAGGUUUGUUUUGUGUCCGAUCCUCCCUGCGUAGUUAAAAUACCUCAAACAGCCCUCAGACCUUCUGCGUCUCACCUGUGCAGGUGCAGCUCAUUCAGUUUUUCAGCGAGUGCAGCCGCCUCCGUGUUAGACGCUUGUAUAGUUUCCUGGUUUGUGUUCGGCCUCGAGGAAUGUAUUCACCCCACCUGAAGCACUUAUUUGUAUUAUUUUUUUGUUUGGUGUGAUUUCUCUCUCUCUGCUCUGUUUCAGUCUGUGUUCAAAGAUAUUUUUCCUAUAUUUGUCAUUGAUUAUGUUUCUCAUGAUCAGAAUAAGAGUCAAUAAAUUAAAAAAGUAAAAAUCUG